AUGAUAAAGGACUGGUUGCGCAGGGAGAUUGAGGAAUCGGAUGAUUCUCCGCAUGCGUGGUUGCAUCUGGUGCGGAUCUACAAUGCCACACGCAGUUCUGUCACUGGGUUCUCGCCCUACUUCCAUAUGACGGGCAGAAACUUCAACGGGCAGAAACGGUUGGGGUUGCAGGACAGGGUACUGUCGCUCUUGGAAUCCGAGAAGGGCACAGAGGAUAUGGGUUUUGAUGCCGUGGCGGCUGUUCGUGAUCGGCGGGCUCAGCUGGAGCAGCAGAGUCGCGUCAACAUCAAGCGCGAAGAUGUACCAUUGCUGCCGGUGGGUUCUCAGGUUUGGUAUAGGUUGCGCGGCAAGUCUUAUGACCUGUUUGCGCGAUGGGAUGGUCCAGCGAAGGUGGUGUCAGUCCAGGCUCUACUUACACACGUGGUGGAGAUGGCAGACGUCACUCAUCGCAAGUUUUUGCGGGCUGAGUUGAAACCGCAUGUUGGGAAGCUCACAAAGGAAGCAAUCGCCAAUGCGGACGGGUACAAACAGGCGGUAGGGCAUUGUCUGAGGCGCACUAAGAAGGCCCGAACGUGGUCAGACGUCAUGAGUUCGGUUUGGGGCCGUUGGCAGAUGUGGUGUGACGAGGCUGCAAUGGAGUGUUAUACGCCUUUGGCGCCAGGGCCUAGAACAAAGCAUGUGUCCCCAUAA